AACCACAGGUACAACAUGGGACGAGGCAGGAGGUGCCAAUAAAGAUAAAAUAAGUGGACAAAUAUUCAAAAGGCUAAAUGAAUUGAGCAAACUGUUGAGAGUAGUGGUCCUGGUAAAUCGCAUUUUUUCACUAGGCACAGCUGGUGGUGGUAUGCAUUUGGAAACACGCUAAAGAAAAUGAGCCGUUUAGGAUUCUAGGGUUUUCCUCUUAAAAAGAGAAUUUGUUUGGCUACCAAGUGUUAACAUUUUAAUGCUCAACGAGCACCGAAGAGGGGACAUGAGCCACUGCCUCUCACCCAAGACAGCCCCAAAAUGUCCUUUUCAGACUUUUAUCACAGUGACCCACUCCCACCGCGCCUUUACCUUGCCUCUGCCUGGAAUGUCCUUAACUCCCUCCUUGCCGCCAAUUUCACCAGAUUUUUGUUUUCUUAUCCAGUCUCACGGAAGCCUCUCCAGCAUCUCCCACCCUACCGAUCCUCCCGUCUAUCUCGCCUACUACACUGUGAGUUCAGACAGCACGGAUUGAACGCUUCAUCUUUUUGUGUCGGCGCCCUGCGCAUCGCCGUCCUAUCACUAACCGCGCCGCAAACUCAGCUCAAUCUUAACGCCCACGAGCCGCUCCUAAAGACCGCCUGUGAUGCCGGAAGUGACGCGCUCUCGGGCACUAUGUGCUUCCGGUCUCCAAUGUCGCAGGAGGGCGGUCUCUCCUGGCUCGCUAACUCGACUGCUCUGGGGGAUUCGUGCGAGGUGUGUUUCCAUUGUAGAAAACCUGGUCAUGGAAUUGCAGAUUGCCCUGCCGCCCUUGAAAAUCAAGACAUGGGCACUGGGAUAUGUUACAGGUGUGGGUCCACAGAGCACGAAAUAACCAAGUGUAAGGCUAAAGUAGACCCAGCUCUUGGCGAAUUUCCUUUUGCAAAAUGUUUUGUUUGUGGAGAAAUGGGGCACCUGUCUAGAUCUUGUCCGGAUAAUCCCAAAGGCCUCUAUGCUGAUGGUGGCGGCUGCAAACUUUGUGGCUCUGUGGAACAUUUAAAGAAAGAUUGCCCUGAAAGUCAGAAUUCAGAGCGAAUGGUCACAGUUGGUCGCUGGGCAAAGGGAAUGAGUGCAGACUAUGAAGAAAUUUUGGAUGCACCUAAACCACAAAAACCCAAAACAAAAAUACCUAAAGUUGUUAAUUUUUGAUAACAACUAGCAUUAUCAUUAGUUACCACCUCAUCGUUACUUUCUAAACCAGGCCCACUUCACGAGUUAGAGUUGAGCUCCCUUGUAGCCAGGACUAUACUGUAGAUAUCACUAUGAUCUGGGUGAGGUCGAAAACAAUUUUGUUUAUUCUGUCCAUCAAAUUGUACUUCUACUACUGUUUGGAGAAAAUUGAAGAAAAGAAUAAGAUGAUUAAAUGGAUUAUCUAAAAGAACAUAUUUUAAGAGACAGAACUUAGACAUAACCAAGUAGUUGUAUACCUGAUUGUAACAAUCAUCUUUUAUAAAAGCAAAAUUAUGCAUAAAUGUAAAACACUCCUAAACAAAGGGUACAAAUGAAUUUUUGGUUAUAUCAUUUUCUUGGCUCAAAGUAUCAAUUUAUUAUUAUAAUAGAAAUUUAUAAGUUGCUAGAAAGUCUCUGUUUUUAAAAUAUGGAAUAAAAAUGCAUUUUCUAUU